UUUGCCCUUGUCAUAUUAGAAACAAGGGUUGUUACGAGAAAGUUUUAUAGGUUAUUUGCGAUAGAUUGAUGUUUAGUUCGGCCUAAAUUCAAAAUUCGUGUUCAGUAUAGUAAAAUUAAAUAGACAAUAAUUGACCAGUAUAAAAGGUCGCAAUGUCAGUUGAUGGGGAUUCUGACAAUGAGCUGGAAGAGAAUUACUACACUUUCCUGAACCUUCCGCAAGAUGCCACAGGAGAGCAAAUAAAUGCUGCGUAUAGAAAACUCAGCCGCAUUUAUCAUCCAGACAAGCAUAUAGAUCUGGAAAGUAAAAAAAAAGCGGAACAGCUGUUUAACCGAACUAAACGAGCUUAUGAGGUAUUGUCGGACCCCCAUAAACGAGCAAUAUAUGAUUGCGUUGGUCAAAAAGGUCUAAGAACAGACGGAUGGGAGUUGGUACAUCGUACCAAAACGCCCGCUGAGAUACGCGAAGAGUAUGAACGUUUAGCACAAGCUGCUGAGGAGCGAAAGCUACAACAACGUACAAAUCCCCGUGGGAACAUAACUAUUAAUGUUAAUGCCACAGAGAUAUUUACACCAUACGAUGAGACGCAGCUUCCUCGAGUCGAAGUGUCUUCAAUGAGCAUUUCACAGUCUAUUGAAGCUCCUAUAAAUCGUAAGGACACCCUCUCUCUUGGCGGAAAUUUGUAUUCGGCUAAUGGUAAUGGGAGUGGAAACUUUAUUAUCUGCGGGCGGCGAUUAAUUAACAAGGGUUGGUUAGAAAUUGAUGUUGGUGCCGGCAACGGUCCGCUAUUAGGAGUAAAAGGUGGGCGUACUCUUUCCUCAGUGCUUACACUGAAUGGAGGAACCUCGAUGAAUUUCCGGGAAGGACGCAUCAACCCUGCUAUAUUCUCAACCCUGGCGGUGCAGUUGGAUAAGCACACGGUGGGUUCCUUAACACUCAAUGUUAGCACGCAAUCAUCUAUGACUACUCAAAUUGACAGCAGUACUGAAAAACAUGCAUGGACAACAUCGUUUGUUAUCGGUUUCCCGCACAUAUACCUAAGUGCGGCAUAUACGAGGAAAAUGAUUGAAAAUGAGCUCAAGCUUAAAUUGGCAGCGAAGUUAGGCACAUUUGGCUUUCUGGCGGAAUACGGAGCUGAAAAAAAGAUUUCGAAGUAUAGUUCAGUGUUUGCAGCCGUAUCUUUAGGUAUUCCAUCGGGAGUAAUGCUUAAAUUUAAAAUAGUGCGAUCCAAUCAAUCGUAUAUAUUCCCGAUUCAUUUGAGUGAGGAAAUAGUGCCUGCCGCAGUUUUCUAUGCUACAGUUACACCAAUAUUGGCGUGGUUCUUCAUAAAAAAAUCUAUACUCGAUCCUAUGCGUUUAGAGCGGAAAAAUAGUGAAAUUGAGAAGAAGAAGAGAAGUAACGAACAGCGAUUGACAAGGCAAAGGCAAGAAGCUUAUGCUGCGGUGGAAUUAAUGCAACGCACGUACGAGCGCAUUGUUUCGGAAGAAAGCAGUAGAGGAGGACUUAUAAUUACUCGUGCCACUUAUGGGCAGUUUGAAGAUGAUAAUAGCAAUUUUCUUGAAAAUGCUUCGUUAGAUGUAACAAUACCACUACAGUGUCUCGUAAAAGACAGUACAUUGAUUCUGUAUCAAUCCUCCAAGAGCGAACUGCCCGGUUUUUAUGAUCCAUGCAUUGGUGAAGACAAAAUAUUGAAAAUUGAGUACUUGUGCAGAAAUCAGAACAACGUCGCUUUUGUUAAGGAUAUGGAUGCUGUGCGACUUCCCUUAAACAGCAGUAACUGAUGCUGUAUUUCUGUUAAAUGGUCCAAAUUUACAGUCAUUAUUUGGUGGAGCAAUAUAAUAUUUUCUGUAUUUCGCGCUGUCCGAAAUAAUUAAUGAUUUUUAUAAAUUAAAAUAUAAACCAAAUUUAGGCAUCAAUUUUUAAAACACAAA